AUGGCGGUGCGGAAAAUUUACGAGAGUGACGAUUUUCUAGUAGUUAACAAACCUUAUGACAUGUAUAUUAAUUCAGACGAUGAAAAUGAAAAGAACACAGUAACAUGUUGUAUUGCAUCUCACGAUUCACACCUUUCAACAUCGGCUAAUCCCUUGUACUUCGUCCAAAGGCUUGACUACUCAACUAGCGGAGUGCUUUGUAUAGCCAAGAACAAAACGGUUGCUGCUCUAGCAGGAAGGUUAUUCGAGAAACGUCUCACAAAAAAAUAUUACUUAGCGGUGGUGAGAGGACAUCCAGAUUUUGAAUUAGCAGAAAUACGAUAUGCAGUCGGAGCUGACCAGUCACCAGAUCAAAGUCAUCGUAUGUCGGUUGUGUCGAAUUCGUCACUGGCCGGUGAUGCAAGACCAGCUCAUACAAGAAUGUUAAUUCUAGAGCGAGGCUUCUAUUGUAAAGACCCCGUUGCUGUAGUUCUUCUUAAGCCGAUUACAGGGCGUCGUCACCAAUUGCGUGUACAUUGUCACGCGACGUCGCAUACUAUUCUCGGCGACUAUACGUACAGUGAUAGAAUGGACACCGCACCACACAGGAUGUUUCUACACGCUACUAGGCUAGUGCUUCCACUACCGAACAAGCCCUUAGAUAUCCAAACUCCAGAACCAUUCUUCAACGAUGUCCAGUUUUCGGGUCAGUGGAAAUCUCAAAAGUUGCUCCACAAAUAUCGUAAUAAAGAAGAUUUCAUCGCUGUUUGCGAUGAUAUCGAUAGAGAAUAUAUUAUUGGUGUUAAAUAUAAAGAUUUCAGUGUUUAA